UCCUGGUUGGUCUCAGGGUUUAAAGUUAGAUUAAGGUGAAGCAGAGAUAAUUUGUGGGGUUUGGAGUAAAGUUGCAGGUCAGGCUGAGGUAAAGAGAAACACAUAUAUCGAUGGGGAAAGGAUUUGGACACAACACCGGUACUUUACUUUUUAUUGCUGACGUCACACUGACCCGGUUGCAUCCACACACACGCGGAAAAGACAACAUACCGGAAAAAUAAUGGAAAACACACCGAACUCUAAUGCGGUCUGUAAAAGCACGGAAGACUGCGCCAUUUGCUUGGACAAAAUCAGUGAGAAGAAGGUCUUAAAGUGCCUUCACUCGUUCUGCUCUCAGUGUAUCGACUCGGUUUUCAGAUUUAAACCCGCUUGUCCGAUAUGCAACACCUACCACGGAGUGUACACGGGGAACCAGCCCGAGGGCACGAUGACGGUGACGCGCGGCUGGCAGCGCCUGCCCGGCUUUGAGCACUGCGGAUGUAUUAUCAUACAGUACAGUUUUCCAGCAGGGAUACAAGGGCCAGAGCACCCAAACCCUGGAAUGAGGUACAGCAGCACCUCUCGUACUGCCUUCCUGCCAGCCUGCGAGGAGGGAGAGAAAGUCCUGAAGCUGCUGAGGAAGGCCUUCAACAGGAGACUCAUCUUCACCAUUGGACAAUCUGCCACCACAGGCCUCAACAAUGUCAUCACCUGGAACGACAUUCAUCACAAGACCAGCAUGGGAGGUGGUCCACAAUGUUUUGGAUAUCCAGAUCCAGCAUAUUUGUUCAGGGUUCAAGAGGAGCUUCGUCUUAAAGGAGUGACAGAGGAUGACUAAUGGGUGAAGACGUUCUUCAGAUAGAUGGAAUACUGUGUAUUGUUAUAAAGUUCUUUCAUUUCAAGUCUGCAGUUUUUGCAGGGAUCUUCAUCACUGACACUUAAAGAUUUUUUUUUUUUUGCAAGGUGUUUAAAUUGAAUUAUUAGAUAUGAGACAUGACUAUGCAAAAAGAAUAAAACUUUAAACACAG